AGAAGGGCGAACCUUUAGUUGUAAAGUUGUGUCUUUUCGUUUUAACUUUCACAAAAGCUGUGCCUUUUCUUUCGCACUGGUCAAGCAAAGUCAAUAGAUGAGCGCAACCUUUGAUCGGAGAAACAAAGAUGAAUACAACAACGCUUUCACCAGCAAGUCUGUGGACACCCACAACUGAAAAUCAAUCAAACAAAGCAUUGAAGCCAAUUCAAGUCCUUCGAUUCAAUAAUAAGCAUCACCACGGUAGCCAUAGGUUUCCUUUUCUUUGUUUCUCUGUAAAUCCUUCCCAAAAUCAAACCACGCCAGCCCCCUCCGCCCCCACAAUCCCUCCACUUGUGGUGGUCGGAUCCGCCAAUGCCGACAUAUACGUCGAGAUCGAGAGGUUGCCGAAAGAGGGUGAGACCAUUACGGCCAAGACCGGUCAAACCCUCGCCGGAGGAAAGGGAGCUAACCAGGCGGCAUGUGGUAGGAAAUUGUCGUACCCAACGUAUUUUGUGGGUCAGGUGGGUGGGGAUGCACAUGGGACGUUGAUCUCUGAGGCUUUGGGCAAUGGUGGGGUUCGGCUCGAUCAUUUGACCACUGUUGGGUGUGCACCAACCGGGCACGCUGUGGUGAUGCUCCAACCAGAUGGCCAGAACUCUAUAAUUGUCGUUGGUGGUGCCAACACGAGUGGGUGGCCUGAAACUCUAGCUGAUGAAAAUUUGGAGAUUGUAAGAAAUGCGGGGAUUGUUUUACUUCAGAGGGAGAUCCCAGAUUCUGUUAACAUUCAAGUGGCAAAGGCUGCGAAGGCCGCUGGUGUUCCAGUAAUAAUGGAUGUUGGUGGUGCAGAUGCUCCAAUGCCUCAAGAAUUACUGAGUUCUGUUGAGAUUUUAAGUCCAAAUGAAAGUGAACUUGGUCGCUUAACAGGAUUGCCAACCAAUAGUUUUGAUGAAAUUACUCAGGCUGCAUUAAAAGUCCAUAAAAUGGGAGUUAAGCAAGUGCUUGUCAAACUUGGGGCCAAAGGGUCUGCCCUUUUUGUAGAAGGCGAAGAACCAAUUAUACAACCUGCUAUUUUGGUUGAAACAGUCCUUGAUGCUACUGGAGCUGGUGAUACUUUUACUGCUGCUUUUGCCGUGGCCUUAGUGGAAGGCAAGUCCAGAAAAGAGUGCUUAAGAUUUGCUGCUGCAGCAGCUUCUCUUUGUAUUCAAGUGAAGGGAGCUAUUCCCGGCAUGCCUGAUAGGAAAUCUGUUCUGGAUCUCCUUCAAUCCCUUUGAGGAUGCUAGCAAGUGGUCAGAGGUCAAUUUUGUAUCAAUAUUUUCAUUUUUAAUUUCUUUUCUUCUUCUUGUUCUUGUGUAGUGAUUGGCUCUUGGAAAUAAUAUGUCGUCUAUGUUAUCUGAAUUUUCUUCCUAAUAAUAAUAAUAAAUUGCCUGAUUUUCUGUGUU